AUGGCUUCACAGCGCUACAACCAGGCUCCAAACGGAGCGUAUGUGUCCUCUACUCGACCACGACCUGCUUCAACGCGCCCCAAAUACAAGGACCCUGCGAGAUCACAACCUGACCCUGCUGAGCUUAAAAAACAGCAAGAGGCCAGAAGGACAGCCCUGGCAAGAAAGAGGGCUAAAGAGCAGUUCCGCUUAUUAACCCCAGAAGCACCUGAAGGGAGGAAACACAAGGAUGUGCAGACUGAGCUGUACUUGGAGGAGCUGAGUGAUUAUCCUGAAGAUGCCAGUGUGGGAUGUCAGACUGAUGCAUUUCUAGACAGACCAGCCACUCCUCUCUUCAUCCCUGCCAAGUCUGGAAAAGAUGUAGCCACACAAAUAGAAGAAGGAGAGCUGUUUGACUUUGACACAGAGGUGCAGCCUGUGUUAGAGGUGCUGAUAGGAAAGACCGUGGAACAGGCUCUGCUGGAAGUUUUGGAAGAGGAAGAGCUGGCGUCUCUUAGGGCUCAACAGCGCGCUUUCCAGGAGCUGCGUAAUGCUGAAAUUGUGGAGGUGCAGCGACUGGAGGAACAGGAGAGGCGCCACCGAGAGGAGAAGGUUCGCAGACUUAAGCAGCAGAGAGAAGUCUUGGAGAAUGAGAGAGUGAUAGCAGAGAAAAUAGCAGCUAGAGGAUUUGCUCAGCAAUACCUGGCUGACCUGCUGCCCUCCGUCUACAACACUCUGAGAGACCAGGGCUAUUUCUACGACCCAGUGCAGAGAGAUAUAGAGACAGGAUUCCUCCCCUGGCUGAUGGCAGAAGUGGACAGUGCUUUGGAGAAACAAGAGACUGCGCUUACAAUGUUUGACACUCUCAUCUAUGAUGUGGCCAACAGCAGACAGAAGACUUGAAAGAUUAGAUUUGGAAUGCAGACCCUCUUCCCCUGUUGGAGUUAUUUCAGCCAUUUCUCAUUUUCUGCAAAUAAAUGCUCUAAAAGACAA